AUGAGACUAGCAUUAUACGCGUUUUUCCAUUUGUACGUGAAUUAUGCAUCUCCUUGGACGGAGAACACGACGUUGCCAAUUACAGCGUCGACGGCAGAGAUCGCCGAGGUGAAAACGCCGAGAGAGGAGGUGGGGGAGAUCGAACCCGUAGCAAUGACGGUACAGGUUAUGGAUCCCAACAUAAAAAUAACCGACGUGCCCGACAUGGACGAAGACACCGAGGCCUGGGACGCAAACUGGGACAAGAACAAGGCCAUACGAGACGUCGCGUAUUACAUUCGAGCACACAAAUUUCAGGACUUCGACCGACGUUAUUACAGAAGGCUCGAGGAUUCGCCAAGCAGAUUUUACGAAGUAUUCCCGAAACCACCUUUGAGGUCUUUGCAUUGGGAAGUGCGCAGACAUUGCGAUGCGAGCUUCAUCGGGUGCCUGAAAUAUCUCGAAAGGACUAUUAAGCUCACUGCCCUACGGCGAAAAGACGACACCAUCACGAUCAUGAAAGAACAGAAAUGGAAUCUUGUGAACAAUACCAAACAGCUCUUGUCCGUUCAAAGGGACUGUCAGAUGGCCCAGAGGCGUGACAAUCUAACCAUGGUUCCCUUUCAAGGUCCAAUAGAACGAUUCCAGUGGCGCACUACCGCGAGUUAUUACAUGUGUUGGUACACGAUGCUCGGUGUGCCAGAGUUGAGCAUUUUCGGAGAGUCUUGCGGCAAUCACGCAAACUGCCAGAUCGAAUACGGAGCCGACAACGGGGAUCCCCGAGCCGACGACACGAAGCCGUAUGCCUGCGCGCUUUAUAGUUUCUGCCCCGAUCAUUGUUGUCCCAUGAGGCAUAUCCGGUACAUCACGGAUUGCUACCAUACGCCGUUCAAUCCUUGCUACGCUGGGAACUCUCCAUCGCACAGAACAUGCACGUUGGAUCGGCAGGAGAAUCAAGACUUUCUUAGUUUGAUAGCCAAUCGAAUAAACAUCAGCUGUUAUUGUCGCGAAACUGGCUACGAAUGGUCCUCCAGAUUCGGUAUUUGCGUCGACGUGAACGAGUGCACGCGAGGACAGCAUGAUUGCGUGUCAGAAAACGAAGUGUGCAUCAAUAUGCCGGGAAGUUAUCAGUGCGUUUGCAAAUUCGGAUACGUUUACGAUCCACAACAGAGAUCGUGCAUCCUCAAUUCUGCUAUGGAAGAACUGUUCUCAGCGAGCAAGACCGAGGACAACGUCACGAAGACAAAGGCCAUCAUCGAGACGAUCAUGAAAACGAUUACGCGGUCGACUGGUAAUCGUCUCGCGAACGAUCAUGUUAUUCUUCUUACGACAAUUUUCACCGUCAAUAUUUUAUAA